AUGGGCUGGUUCUGGGGAAACAAUAAAGAUGACCCUGUCAACAAGCUUGACCCGGGCCUUCGUGAGUACCUGGAGCAAGAGACGCCCAGCAAAUAUGAACCUGCGCCCAAUCUGAAGCAGCCAACACCUCCCCCCACGCAAACCCAGACGCAGACGCAGACGCAAACCUCCGAACAGAGCGAUCAGACGGAGGAUAAAUUGCCGGCCGCUUCAUUAUACCAAGAUGGUCGCUACGCGCACCUGUGGAAGACCUAUAAACCGCUGGCUGGUGCGGAGGAGGACGCUGCCGCUGGCGGGGCGAGUCGAGUGAUCGAGAAAUUCAAGGAGCGUGGAGAUACAGUGCAGCGGGCGGCGAUGGAAAAUUGUGCGCUUGAGCAUGAAGCCUUGACACUAUGCUUCCAAACGGGCAAUUGGCGCAAGCAAAUUGAGUCCCGGUUAACGAAUUGCGCCGCGGAGAACGGAACAUUUUCGCGAUGCUUCGUCACCCAGAGUAAAUUCCUCCAGGCUCUAGGCUACGCCUCGUCCUUCCAACAGGAUGCCGAAAAGGAGGAGCGGAUCCAGAUGCACGCGGACAAACUUUACCACCAGAUGCUCAACUAUGAGAAACGUGUAGAGGAGGCCAAGGCUGCUGGUCAAGAACCACCACCUCUCAUGUCGCUCUUCGAUCCCAAGCAGGCACCCAAGACCAGUGGCAAGCGAUCUGAUAUCGAUAUCCCAAGUGGUGUCGCCGUUCCGGAAGGGUUCAAACCUUCGAAACCAAUCCACCAGUUAACACCACACGAGCGAGAGCUAGAGAUUCGAGCCCACAAUGCACAAUUAGAACAACACAAGCUCUAUGCGGAGGAGGCCGCACCCUUCAUGAGGUCUCACGAGGAAAGCCGGGCUAAGCGGAAGGAGAAGAUGACCAGUUGGUUCGGCGAGAGCAUUGGAAAGUGGCUCGGAUGA